AUGCCACCAGAAGGGUCCGGUCAACCUUUCAGUCGUUCGUCUCUCAUGUCGCAAUUUGGAGCACUGUAUGCUCCUCACACGACCGAGAACAAGCAUUGUGGGAUGCACGAGAUACACCAUCACCCAGACACUUUCGAUACACGACCCUUUGGACCUCGUCAAUUUAGGCUACAUCGACAGCGAGCAAGAAAACGGACUGGAGACACAAAAUUCCAAUCUGCGCGGCAGCCUGGGGUGAAGGAUAUGGAUAAAGGAACGGAGGAAUCAUCGCCAGACUAUAUAAUCGACCGAGCUACGCUUUGUCUUCCUGACUUCGCAAGAAACACUGUAGUUCAUCGAGGGGACGAAGGUUUCCAGGACGUACUACGCCAAUACUUUCCCUUGGCUGAGAGCAAUGCUACAGAACGCCUCAUCGAUCUUAAAGCUAGGCUAAGGAAUGCAUCAACUCAUGAUUUCUGGGGAAUAUUGAUGGAGGAAAUGUGCGAUAUCACUGGCUCACAAUGCGGUUUUGUUGCUAAGAGGAUGCUUGUGGACGACCAGGACAGUGCUGUGGAAAUGCCCCCCCUUGGCGAACCUGGCUCAUGUCUAAUGGGAGUGGCCUUCUAUGUCAAUAACGGGGCGGAUGUGAAGGAGCUCUACAGGGAUUAUCGAUAUCAUGCCUUUGGAACUCCUUGUGAACACAUGAAGCAUGAUAAAGUAUUCAUCGUUCCCGAGAGGCUCGCCGAAAUCACGCCCAACAACCCGCAAGCUCCCCAUUUACCAUGGGAACAAUCCGAGGCCUUUAUCGGUGUACCGCUAUUUAGCGAAGGGAAAUGUUUUGCUCACUUUGGUGUGACCUGGUCCAUAGAGGGCGCGAAGGCCCGGAAGUUAGGCUGGACCUUCAUUGAGAUGUUUCUUCAUUCUCUUGAGGAUAUGAUACUACAGCGUAUUCUCGAGGGUCGAGGCUUUGCGAAAGAUGUGGCACCCCCAACGUCAACGCCUGCCAAAAUAAUCCCACUCUCGGCAAUUACUGCUUCACAGUCAUUGAAGCCAUACGCACGAAGCCUCUCUCAUGAGUUGAGAACACCAAUGCAGGGUGUGGUAGGCAUGCUCGACAUCAUGUACUCGACAGUCCUGGACUGUAUAGCCAAUCAACAUCAACAGAGUGAAAUGGUUCGAGAGAUUUUUAAAGAUCUCAAAGGCCAUAUCGAGACCGUGCAGGAUAGUUCAAAACGCGCUGUGGAGGCUGCCGACAACGUCGUUCAUGCAUAUGAUAUGGAUCUGAAAAUGCCAGAGACACCCUUGACACCUACCCUUAGUGAAGGCUCGAAUCAUUUUGUAAUAUCAGAGGCAUCUUCAUCUCAAAGGCAAAGUCCCAUACCAGAAUCGAGAAUGGAAUCUUCGUAUAUGAGCAGGAAACGCGGUGAACCGGAGGAACCCAACUUUCAUCCUGGCCCACCUUUGAAGCGUAUGUAUACAAUGACAGAGGCAGAGAUCUUGCGUAAAUACUACCCCGAUGAUAGUCCAGUCUCAUGCGGGGAGUGCGGUACUUUGGGUACCACAGAAAAUGACCUGAACUAUCAGUCACCAACAUACGAAAAAAGGGGCAGUCCAAAUAUCACGUCAUCGAUGUUGAGCCCAAAUCACCGACUCGUUGUCACACGAGACUUCAUGAGAACCUUGGUGACUGAGGCUUUGCGAAGUGGGCAUCCAACUCGUGAAGUCCACACCGAAACCGAUUCGGGGGAAACAUUCGAAGUCACAACAACAGGGUCGAGAGGUGAAGUUCAGGAUAGAAAGGUCUAUCUGAACAUUGAAUCUAGCAUUCCAGGAAUAAUCAUUACGGAUGAACACCAUCUACAGUUUGCUUUGAAAAAGAUAGUCGACAAUGCUAUCAAGUUUACCGAUAGUGGAUCUAUUACCAUUACGAUCAAACUGGGCAAAAACCUAAAGAUUAUCGAAAUCUGGGUUGUGGAUACAGGAUGUGGUAUUACCGAAGAAUCUAAAUGCAACCUUUUCAAGCCUCACUUCCAAGAAGACGCUUCCAUCAGUCGAUCUCGAGAUGGUUUAGGUCUCAGUCUAUUCAAUGCAAAAGCGCAUGUACGAAAGAACCUAGGUGGUGAUAUUACCUUGGAACGGUCGAAUACUGACGGCCCGUUGAGAGGAUCUGAGUUUUUGGUCCGUCUACCUAUCUCAUUAUUGGAUGCAGAAAACAUGGAUACUCCUCUUGUUGGUACUCCGCCUUUGAGCCAUCAACAAACCUAUCUUCCCUCCCCGGGGACCGAAUCCAAGAUGUCCUUGGAUGGGAUAUCAAGGACCGCAUCGCCGGCGCCUGCAUCCCGUAAAAGUCCUCCGAAAUCAUCUCCCAAGCGUACGGCAUUUAAUCCCAAACUCAACGAAGAGUAUCCGCUGAAUAUCUUGAUUGCCGAGGACAAUGCCAUCAACCGAAACGUUGCAGUGGGUUCACUGGGUAAACUUGGGUACUCGACCGCGAACGUCACAAUCGCAUUUGAUGGAGUAGAAGCAGUACGCCAUUUCAAGAACUCUCUUUCAAAACCAAUCGGUGAACAGUUUGACGCUAUUUUGAUGGACAUCUGGAUGCCGAACAUGGACGGCUAUGAGGCCACGAGGGAGAUUUUGGGGCUGGCAACGCUCAGCGAAAAGGCAACGAAAAUCAUUGCAGUCACGGCAGACAUAACCGGGGAAUGUCUAUCUAGAGCAGAGGCAUGUGGAAUGCAGGGGUUUCUACCUAAGCCAUACAAGGUUCUUGACAUUGAACGAUUGAUUGUGCAGCAUUUCCAAAGAGAGAUGGUAUAA